AACCAGCCGGCGCGCUCCUUACAACUCUCCCCCUUCCCCAGCAACUCCAACCAAGGACACGGCGCGUCCUUAUGUCCCCUCUCCACGUCACAACAUGCUCCCCCGAGUCAGUUCCACCGCAGCAGUCGUGCUGACGCUGGCCCACCACCUCACGGCCUUGCACCCUGAUCCCGGGAAUAUCCGCUCGCCCGCAGCAGUCGACAAUGACGGGCUCCCCAUAUCCCUUCAAUCCUGUCUGGGGGCCACCGGGGCCGAGGUCGUAUACCCCACCGACGCCGAGUACGCCAAUCUCACGCUGCCGGACAAUAGCAACUACCACCCUCACCCUCAAGCCAUCGUCAUCCCCAAAUCCACACAGGAAGUUGCAGCGAUCGUCCGCUGCGUGUCCGCCGAGCAGGGCCGGGUCACUCUCAGCCCGCGCGGCGGCGGACAUGGCUAUGCCGCGUACGGCUUCUCGGGCCAAGUCGUGAUCGACUCCAGCCAGAUGACCGACAUCGUCCUGAACGAACCCGCCCAGGAGGUCACUGUGCAGAUGGGCCAGACCAUCGGCAUCCUCGCCUUGACCAUCGGCCGCGCAGGAUAUGCCUUACCCCAUGGCACCUGUCCGGGUGUUGGCAUUGCAGGCCACAGCCUCGGCGGAGGAUGGGGAUAUACUUCACGUCAAUGGGGGUGGCUCGUCGACCACCUGGUCUCCCUUGAACUCGUCGACGUAGCUGGCCGCAUUCACACCCUCGGCCCAACCACCAACACCAGCGAUAGUGACCCCGACCUCUGGUGGGCCCUCCGCGGCGCGGGCUCCAACAACUUCGGGAUUGUCACCUCCUUUACGUACCGUAUGGAACGCGCCCCAACCGCCAUAACAAACUACAAUAUCGACUUCGCCACGCACUCCGACUGCGUCCAAGCCCUCCUCACCCUUCAAGACCUGGGCUCUCAGCCCGAUGGCCUCCCCACUUCUCUCGGCGGCGAACUCGUCAUAACCGGCGGCUACACGCCCCCCAAUGCCUACUGCUCCUUCACGGGACAAUACUUCGGGGACCCUUCAUCGUACAACACGACUAUCCAGCGGUUUCUGGCUCCGCUAGCCCAGCAAUCCAUUCAGCCUCAAUCCACCACCUCCGCUUCCUUCACCAACUGGGUUGACGCCCUCACAGACCUGAUGGGGCCCCUGGACGACCCCUCCAUCCCUCAACCCUAUUAUGCGCAAUCGCUCCUCGACCCCGGCACUCCAAACUACACUCCCACCACAGCCUCCUCAAUCCUCACGGCCGUUCAACCUGCCGGGCCCGCCGCCCACAUCUCCUUUGACCUCAACGGUCCGUCCUCCGCCACCAACCAACCCCCACAAAACGACGUCGGUCCCAUGUCCUUUUUCCACCGAAAGAGUCUUUUCCUAGCGCAGAUCUACGCGGCCGAUUUCCCGGGUUUCGAUGAUCCGGGGAGGAAGGAAGCGCUGGAUACGAUUUGGGCAAUCUCGGAUGCCGUACGAAGCGCGGACCCGGAAGGCAAAUGGCAUGCGUAUCAGAACUACAUCGACCCGGAUUUGGACAACUGGGGGGAGAUGUACUAUGGAGCGAAUUUAGAGCGAUUGAAGGGGGUUAAAGAACGGGUGGAUCCGAACCACGUGUUUGACUUUCCGCAGGGGUUGGGACGAGCUUGAUGAGUGUAGAUGCGUGUUGGGUAUAGACUUGGUGGAAUAGAUGGAUUCUCAUUCAACAUAGACGUGUGUAGGCCCGAGUGUACGAGGCCGAGAUAACUGGAUCUGUUGAAAAAAGA